CCACAAAUAAUAAACCUUGAGAACAAAACCGAUAAGCUUUUUCUUCUUCUCUCUCGUUCGCCACUGCAACCACAUUUACCUCCAAAACCAGACCAAAACUCUUGGUCGAAACCAUGUUCUCGCUGAAGCCUUGUAAAAGCCGUUGCAACUCACCCUUCCUCUCCAACCCACGUCGUCUUCAAAACCUAGCAAAACCGCAAAGUACCAUUUUCUCCCCAUGCAGGGUAUUGUCUCCCCAUGAAAGAAGACUUGGCGUGAGGGCAAAUAGUGGAAAAGGAGAAGCAGAGAAGAAGGAAAGACGACCUUUCUUAACCCUAGAAGAAGCUGGUCUGGUAGAAAUCUCCGGUCUCAGCACUCACGAAAGAUUUCUAUGUCGUUUAACGAUAUCGUCGUUGAAUUUGCUGAGAGUGAUAUCAGAACAAGAAGGAUGCGAAAUUGAGGAGCUAAAUGCUGGGAAGGUAUGUGACUGGUUUGUGAAGGAUAAGUUGAAAAGAGAGCAGAACUUGGACUCUGCUGUCCUCCAGUGGGAUGAUUCUGAGCUAUUUUAAUUAUUUAAGUACUUAAUUAUUUGAUUAACUUGUAAGAUGGUAUAUUUAUAAUAUUUGAUACCAUGAGCCAAAGAUUUUGUGAAACUACAUUCAGUUUUUAAUUUACCUCUUUCGACUGAAUUAGGGGUGGGAUAUUGUAGAAUUAUGACUCAUCGAAUUGAUGUCUGAAAAAUAUUAGGAUAUAGGUUGAGUUAUGUUAACCCCUAUUUAGGUAUAAUCUUACACUCAUUACAAUUGGAAAUUACAUUCGGAUAUUACUGUUAGACCGAGUCAAUCUUAUCAGAAACUCAGCUCCGAAACAAACUCUUCAUAGGAUAAGAUUGCUAGGUCAGGUUUUAGUUUGAAUAGUUCAAAGAUAAGGCUGUUGUGAUUUUGUAUUUUGAAUUCAAAGAUCUCUGUGUAAAUAGGGUAUUCAAAACCCUACUUGUAAUAUGAAAUUGAUGUGUAUAAAUAUACUGCAACCCAUCAUUAUACGGGUAUG